AUGACCCACUCCUGCUGCUCUCCUUGUUGCCAGCCCAACUGCUGCAAGACCACCUGCUGCAACCCUGAUACCAUGAUCCUCUGCAGCUGCCCACCUUGCUGUCAGCCUAGCUGCUGUGUCAGCAACUGCUGCCAGACCUGCUGCCCACCAACCUGCUGUGAAAGCACAUGCUGCAAGACCACCUGUUGCAAGCCAACCUGUGUGAGCAUCUGCUGCAGCACACCCUGCUGCCAUCCUUGCUGCUGUGAGCCCAGCUGCUGCCAGCCCUGCUGCCAGCCCAGCUCCAUAAAUAUCAGCUGUCAACCAACUUGCUGUGAAACCACUUGCUGCGAGACUACCUGUUGCAAAACAAAUUGUGUGACCAUUGGUUGCAGCACACCCUGCUGCCAGCCCUGCUGCUGUCUCUGUUGCCAACCAACUUGCUGUGAAACCACCUGCCACAAGUCCACCUCUUUUCAACCAACCUGUGUGAGCAUCAGCUGCAGCACACCCUGCUGUCAGCCCUCUUGCUGCUGA